AGGGGAAAAAAUAAAAAGCACCGUUGAACAACUUCAGGUAAUAAGUGGCUUUUAACAUUGAAAAACCAAAACACCAUUCCAGCUUGUAUUUUGAGCGAAGAUGAUGUCACACGGGGCGGAGAGUGACAGUGACGACGGAAUGGACGAUUUUAUGGACAAAUUCAAGGACCAGAGAUACAAAAAUGGUUUCACUGACAACUGGGAAGAGGAGUUCAAUAAAAUACCCAUGUUCAUGAAAACAGCCCCUGAAGAGAUUGACCCAAAGAAAUAUCCAGAACUGGCUUGUAUCCAGUCCAUAAUCCACGAUGAAGACCGAUCUCCAGAGGAGCUGGCACAAAGUCUUAAGGAUGAAGGAAAUGCAUUCUUCAAGGAGAAGAACUACAAACACGCUGUGAUCGCCUACACGGCUGGUUUGAUGAAGAAAUGCGGAGACCAGGAGCUCGAGGUCAUUCUCCUCACCAACCGAGCUGCUGCACACUUCUACCUGGGUAACAUGCGCUCUUCCCUCAAUGAUGCUGUGGCUGCAAAAAAGGUCAAACCAGACCACCUCAAAGCCUUGAUCAGAGGUGCCCAGUGCUGCAUAGAGCUGCGUAACUUUUCAGAGAGCAUGAAGUGGUGUGACGAGGGGCUGAAGGUCCAUCCUACCGACAACAAGCUGCAGGAGCUGAGAGCAACCGCAGAUAAACACAAAAGAGCAGCAGAGAGAGAUGCCAGGAGGAACAAGGUAAAAGAGAAGAAGUUGCUUGGUGAGAAGGAGGCUCUUCUGGCUGCUAUAAAGAGUCGAGGCAUCAAGCUCCUCCAGCCUCGAUCUGCUGCCAAGGGUUCAGACAGCGAGGAUGAGGAGGAUCGUUGUUCAGCAGCGGUGGAGCAGCUGAGCUUGGACGGCCUCAGCUCUCGGGAGGUCACUGGCGCUCAGGUCUCCCUGGAUGAGCAGGGCUCUUUACACUGGCCCGUCCUCUUCCUGUACCCCGAACAUCAGCAGAGUGACUUCAUUUCAGCCUUCUGCGAGAAUAACUGUUUCAGUGACCACCUGAGCGUCAUGUUUGGAGAAGAGCUUCCACCGUGGGACUCGGACAGAAAAUAUCUCCCACAAAAUCUGCAGCUGUACUUCGAAUACGAGGAGAAGGAGACGCUCUACCAAGUCGACCUGGAGACGUCACUGUUGAAAACUCUGCAACAUAAACGGUAUCUGGUCAAGGCGGGGACUCCCAGCUUCAUCGUGCUGGUGAAAGGCUCAUCGUUCAGGGAGCAGUUUUUAUCAGGAAAGAAAGUACAUGGAUUGUAAAAAAAACACUGAUUUCCAAUUAUAAAUACAAGACAUAAAACUCAUAAAACUAUCUUCCCAACUCUGAAGAACCUACGUAAGUGUUUGGAUGUUUCGUGACACCAAAUAUCAGUGAAAGUUGAAUGUAAACUUUUAUUUCUCCACCAAUCUAUUUAAUAUCCUGCCUUCUCUGUACAGAUACACAUGUAGACACAUUUGUUGUUAUCCCUCCAAUAAACAAAGGUAAACCCAAAAAGGUCACCUGAAUAAGUUAUACAUAAUAAUUUACUAAAACAUGAUGAAUGAAAAUCAAGAUCAAGUGUCAAGGUCAAAUCUAUUUAUACAGUGUAUUUAACAACAAAAAUGUUGACUAAAGUGCUUUACAAUUAAUUAACAAUCAAACAAGAAUUAUAAUUUAAAAGCAGGAAAAUGUAAUAAAAAUCAAAGUAGCUGUACAUUCUAAUAUCUGCCCUGUGACUCUACUCAAAAUUUAAAGCCAAAGAGAAGAAAUGUGUUUUUAACAUUGACUUGAACAUACAGGACUGUCUCAGAAAAUUAGAACAUUGUGAUUUUCUGUAAUGCAAUUACAAAAACAAAAAUGUCAUACAUUCUGGAUUCAUUACAAAUCAACUGAAAUAUUGCAAGCCUUUUAUUAUUUUA